AUGAACUCACAGCUCCGCCUCCACACUGCAGCCGCCGCCGCCGCCGUCUCGGAGCUCGAGCUGCUGGUCCCCCGGGGCCCAGGCUUCGGCGCCAUGGACCAGAUCCAGCGCGACCCGGCGGGUGCGCAGGAGAUCGAGAAGACGCCGCCGGCCGAGCGCGCGGCGGCGCCGGACAUGGAGUCGGAGCCCGCGGCGGCGCGCGUGGCGGAGCGCGUCCCGCCGUGGCGCGAGCAGAUCACCGCGCGCGGGAUGGUGGCGGCGCUGCUCAUCGGCUUCGUCUACACGGUGAUCGUCAUGAAGCUCAGCCUCACCACGGGGCUCACCCCGACGAUGAACGUCUCCGCCGCGCUGCUCGCCUUCCUGGCGCUCCGGGGCUGGACGCGCGCCCUCGAGCGCCUAGGCAUUGCCUCCCGCCCCUUCACCCGCCAGGAGAACACCGUCGUCCAGACCACCGUCGUCGCCUGCUACACCAUAGGGUUCGGCGGUGGGUUCGGCUCGUUCUUGCUGGGCCUGAACAAGAAGACGUACGAGCUCUCCGGGGUGAACACGCCGGGCAACGUGCCGGGGAGCUACAAGGAGCCUGCCAUCGGCUGGAUGACGGGAUUCCUCCUCGCCGUCAGCUUCGUGGGGCUCCUCACCUUGCUUCCACUCAGAAAGGUGCUCGUCAUUGACUACAAACUCACUUAUCCAAGUGGGACUGCCACUGCGGUUCUCAUAAACGGGUUCCACACACCACAAGGAGAUAAAAAUGCAAAAAACCAGGUCCGUGGAUUCCUCAAGUACUUCGGGAUCAGCUUCCUCUGGAGCUUCUUCCAGUGGUUCUACACUGCCGGCGACAACUGCGGAUUCGCUCAGUUCCCUACUUUCGGGCUCCAAGCUUUUAAACAGACGUUUUUCUUCGACUUCAGCCUGACGUAUGUUGGCGCCGGGAUGAUCUGUUCGCACCUUGUCAACCUCUCGUUGCUCUUCGGCGCCAUCCUUUCCUGGGGCGUAAUGUGGCCACUCAUCAGCAAGCAGAAGGGCAACUGGUAUUCUGCAAAUGCGUCUCAAAGUAGCAUGUCAGGCAUCUACGGGUACAAGGCCUUCCUCUGCAUUGCUCUUCUCGUGGGAGACGGCCUCUACAACUUUGUCAAAGUCAUAGCUAUCACUGUCAAGAACAUACGCGAGAGAUCACGUCGCAAGAACCAGAACAAAGUGGCGGACGCGGACACCAUGGCGCUUGACGACAUGCAGCGCGACGAGGUGUUCAGCAGGGACAACAUCCCGACCUGGCUGUCCUACACGGGGUACGCCGCGCUCAGCCUCAUCGCGGUGAUCGUGAUCCCGAUCAUGUUCCGGGAGGUGAAGUGGUACUACGUGAUCUUGGCGUACGUGCUGGCGCCGGCGCUGGGGUUCUGCAACGCGUACGGCACGGGGCUGACGGACAUGAACAUGGGGUACAACUACGGCAAGAUCGCGCUGUUCGUGCUGGCGGCGUGGGCGGGGAAAGACAACGGCGUGGUCGCGGGGCUGGUGGGUUGCGGGCUGGUGAAGCAGCUGGUGCUCGUCUCCGCCGACCUGAUGCACGACUUCAAGACGGGCCACCUGACGCUGACGUCGCCGCGGUCGAUGCUGAUCGGCCAGGCCGUCGGCACGCUGAUGGGCUGCGUCCUGGCGCCGCUCACCUUCAUGCUCUUCUACAGGGCGUUCGACGUGGGCGACCCGGACGGGUACUGGAAGGCCCCCUACGCGCUCAUCUACCGCAACAUGGCCAUUCUCGGCGUGGAGGGCUUCUCGGCGCUGCCCACACACUGCCUAGUGCUGUGCGCGGGGUUCUUCGCGUUCGCGGUGCUGGCGAACCUGGCGCGGGACCUCCUGCCGCGCCGGCUCGCGCGCUGCGUGCCGCUGCCGAUGGCCAUGGCGGUGCCGUUCCUCGUGGGCGCCAGCUUCGCCAUCGACAUGUGCGUGGGGAGCCUCGUGGUGUUCGCGUGGCACAAGCUCGACAGUAAGAAGGCCGCGCUGCUGGUGCCCGCCGUCGCCUCGGGGCUGAUCUGCGGCGACGGGAUCUGGACGUUCCCGUCGUCGCUGCUCGCGCUGGCUAAGGUCAAGCCGCCCAUCUGCAUGAAGUUCACGCCAGGAAGCUAG